CGUGGGGGCCGGUGACGCGAGCAGGUGCUCACGAGAGGCCCCGGAGGCGGGGCUCUGCCGGCUGCCCAGAGAGCGGCAGCUACUAUCUUAGCGCGAAUCAAGGCUGUGUGACCAGAGAGCCCAGCGUCUGGCCAGGACAGAAUGCUUUGAUCUCCAAGCUGUUUUAAAUGUAGUAGAAAAACCAGAUACUGUGUUGCCAUUAGCCCUUGGCCCACCUUUAAGUGGUAAUGCAGCUAGCUUGGAUGUCUGAAACUCUUUAGGCACCCGUAUUGAAUCCAGGUCACUGGCGUGAGGACUGCUGGAGUUAUUCAAGAGCUAGUCAUCCGUGCAGGAUAACCACACAACAAAAAUGUUUGCUAAACUAAAGAAGAAAAUUGCAGAAGAGACUGCCGUUGGUCAGAGGCCAGGAGGUGCUGCUAGGAUCCCACGGUCAGUGAGCAAGGAAUCAGUUGUCUCUAUGGGAGCUGACUCAGGAGAUGACUUUGCUUCUGAUGGAAGCAGCUCCAGAGAAGAUCUUUCAUCUCAACUUUUGAGAAGGAACGAACAGAUACGGAAAUUGGAGGCCAGACUUUCUGACUAUGCUGAACAGGUCCGAAACUUGCAGAAGAUAAAAGAGAAGCUUGAAAUUGCAUUAGAAAAACACCAGGAUUCUUCCAUGCGGAAAUUUCAAGAGCAGAAUGAGACAUUCCAAGCCAACAGAGCCAAAAUGGCAGAAGGACUGGCUUUGGCAUUAGCCAGAAAGGACCAGGAAUGGUCAGAAAAGAUGGAUCAGCUUGAAAAGGAGAAAAGGUUUCUGACAGCUCAGUUACAGGAAAUAAAGAACCAGAGUUUAAAUCUUUUCCAAAGGAGAGAUGAAAUGGAUGAAUUAGAGGGGUUUCAGCAACAGGAACUAAGUAAAGUAAAACACCUGCUUUUAAAAAAAGAAGAAAGUCUGGGAAAAAUGGAGCAAGAGUUGGAUGCACGAACCAGAGAACUUAGUCACACCCAGGAAGAAUUGAUGAUCUCUAGUCAGAUGUCAUCAGACUUGAGCCAGAAGCUGGAAGAAUUGCAGAGACACUGCUCAGCGCUGGAAGAGCAGAGAGAUCAUGAGACAUCUUCAAAAACAGGUGCAGAAAGUAAAAUCAUAGCCCUGGAACAAAAGGAACAAGAACUGCAAACAUUCAUUCAGCAGCUUUCCAUUGAUUUGCAGAAGGUCACUGCUGAAACUCAAGAGAAAGAAAAACUCAUCACACAUUUGCAAGAGAAGGUUGCAUCCUUGGAGAAGAGACUGGAACAGAACUUAUCAGGGGAAGAACAUGUACAAGAACUCCUGAAAGAGAAAACAGUUGCUGAGCAGAAUUUGGAGGAUACCAGACAGCAGCUCUUGGUAGCCAGAAGCAGCCAAGCCAAGGCCAUUGAUGUCCUGGAGACUCGGGUGGAAGAACUAGAGCAGAGCCUGCAGGCCUCCGAGGAGAAACUCAAGCAGAGCAGGGAGGUUGUGGCUGCCCAGGAAGCUCAGAUCCAAGAGCUUGAGAGCAACCACACGCAGCAGCAGGCCCUGGCUCUGGAGCAGCAGUGUGCGGAGCACACCCGUGCCCUGGAGGCCGAGAUCGCCGCUCUGGAGAGAGUACGGGUGGCCGAGCAGACGGCUGCGGAGCACGCAGUGAGAGAGCUGGAACAAGAAAAUGCAUCCCUUAAAGAAAGCAGGAAUGAAUGUGAGCAUUCUUUACAACGUCACCAAUUUGAACUAAAGAAGCUAAAGGAAGAAUGGAGCCAAAGAGAAAUUGUGAGCGUGGCAAUGGCUCAGGCCCUGGAGGAGGUGCGGAAGCAAAGGGAAGAGAUCCAGCAACAGGCUGCUAACCUGACAGCCAUAAUAGACAAAAAGGAGCAGAGUCUGCAGGAAAAAACUGAAGUGCUUCUCCAGAAAGAGCAGGAGAUUCUACAGCUGGAGAAAGGUCACGAUGCGGCCCUGCUGCAAAUGCACCAGCUACAGGGUGAGCUGGAGGCCCUGAGGAGCCUGCGGGCCGAGGAGGCUGCAGCAGCUGCGGCGCGGGAGGACUUGCUGAGGCUGCGAGCCCAGGAGCAGGGCACGGCCCUCUUGCAUGUGACCUCGAAGGCCAUGCAGGACCCUGUGUACCAGCUUCCGGCUGCAGAAGGAACACCGAAUGGUGAGGUUGGGGCCAUGGGUCUAGGGCAGCUACAGAAGGAAAAACAGGACUUGGAGCAGCAACUUGCAGAGAAAAAUAAGACCAUAAAGCAGAUGCAGCAGAGGAUGCUGGAGCUCAAGAAGACUCUGCAGAAGGAACUGAAAAUCAGACCUGAUAAUGAGCUUUUUGAAGUCAGGGAGAAACCCGGCCCUGAAAUACUGAACAUGGCUCCUUCUGUCACGAAUCAUGCUGACCUGACUGAAGCCCGCGAGGUCAACUUUGAGUACCUUAAACAUGUUGUUUUAAAAUUCAUGUCCUGUCGAGAAUCUGAGGCUUUUCAUCUUAUAAAAGCUGUGUCAGUGUUGUUGAACUUUUCUCAAGAGGAAGAAAACAUGCUCAAAGAAACUCUGGAAUAUAAGAUGUCGUGGUUUGGGUCCAAACCAGCUCCCAAGGGCAGCAUCCGGCCAUCUAUCUCCAGCCCUAGGAUACCAUGGUCCUAGAGGGAACUAUCCAAGGACGGAGCUCCACGGGUUGACGCUUUUUCUGUGAAAAGAACACUGACACACCAGUCUGGGUGGGUUUUUAAUCACUGUAACUGCAGUAUUUUGUACAAGCAUCUAAACAUUGUUUACAAGACUUAAAGCCCACUUCCCUGCAGGCUGACAUGAACCUCAGGAGGUAGCUGAUCCUGUGUCAUUCUGGUCACCAAAAGGGAGGGACCUGGCACACUACCCAGAUUUCCACAGCAUUGCUAAUGUCCCAGCUCUGGCCAGCACCCUGUCUGCACCUGAAUCCUCUAACUUUUAAUGUGAGCACUUAAAGCUAAAGCGACCAGCAUCGUCAGGAGGCAACUGAUUUCAGGUAGUGAUGGCACUGGAGGUCGGCAGCCCUUGGAAGUGGUGCCCAGCAAGCCAAACCCACCUGCUUCUGCCAUGGACAGCCAGCUCGGUGGGGGAGAGGGAGGCCUUUUAACAGUUCCCCUCGUUAGCAUAUUUGGCUUCAGAUGAGUAAGAAGAGGAUUUUUAGCCCUUCCUCUCAAAACAUUAUUUCACCUUGUGUCUCAAACCACCUAGUACUUUAGAUGGGUACAUCUUUAAGGUACUCUGGGCCAGUGUGGAUUAACAAAGGAUGUGCCGCUUUCUGACGGCAUCUCCAUUUUACUAAAGAAAACUAGCACUUACACAGAAAGAUCCUUAGUACCAAAUACACUCAAUUGCCUUUUUAAUGAAUGUACUUGUCUUGGAUAGGUUGCUGGUAAACCAUUUUAAACUAUUUUUUAUAGCUAAAGUUCUUCACUAUUAUAAAUAUGUCUCCUGUAUUAUAAAAUCCACUUCAUUGGUGUUCUUUACAGGAAAAUCAGAGCAUCAAGAAGUUCUUAUUCCUAAACUUAGGAUUCCUGUCCCUCUGUAGUUUCACUAGCAUCUCCUCUGUGAAGCAGUGUGGUCCUUCAUUCACUCUGCUCUUAAUUCUGUGCUGUGCUACGCUACCACUGAGCAAACGCUAAUCAGUUUUUCUACCUAAGGACAGUCUGCUGUGAUCAACAGAAGCAGCAGCUGUCCCUUCCCCCAGCCUUGACCAAAACGUGGGAGGCAGUCUAGAGCCUCUGUCCCCCCACCCUGCCUCCAAAUAUUUAAAAUGACACUACAUCCAUAGAUGGCAGCCCCCAGCUGGCUGCAGUCCUUGAGCAGGCACAUGGCUCCAGUGGUGACUGAUAAGAAAUCGUAUUCAUUAUUACUGAGGAAAAGGGAACAUGCUUGUUCUGGGUAAGCCACAAUAUUGAAUCUAAAGGGAAACCAUUUACUGAUUUAUAGUUUGAUGAAAGUUUCACUGGUUAAAUAAAAAACUGAAUUUAUAACUGGAGCUCCUAAACUUAUGAUCAGUUAUCCAAUGAUGUAAAGUUAUGUUUCUCAGUAAUGCUUGGGGAGGGGCGGGGGGCAUAUAUAUAUCUCACAGACCAAUAUUUGCAGUUAACCUACUAAAUUUCCAUGAAGUUCCAAGCCAGGGCAGCAUCACCUUAGUCCAAACGAACCAUUCUCCUGUUACCUACCUACCUCAUGUGGCUCUUCCUUGCAGAUGUCUCUCCCUUGUUUAGAAUGCUGUUUUGCAUUUAACCUGGUAGGGACAUGAAACGAAAGUCCCUUCUAUUCUGCAGUUCUGAAGAGUAAGAGGUAGCUUUUUACAAAGUAGGAUUUACCCUCCUUCUCAGCUGUCUAGGAAAGAAGCCCUAAGAUUGGGUAGUUUAGGGCUUGCAGAGGCAGCCACAGCACUUCUGUGGAAGCCUGGCCAGACUCCUGUGGCUUCUUCAGCCCUUGAGCUGGUCUCACCCACCUCCCUCCCCCAGCAGUUUUAGGUGUAGCUGUGGGGCCCAUUACUGAUUCUGUUCACUCUUAGGGAGGAUUCACUCUGAUUAGGCUUUUUCCUCCUGCAUGUUGAAUUUCUUUCAGCUUUAAGAGGAAGAGUGGACUAAAUAUUCUAAGUGAUUUAAUGCACUUUUACUUGUAUAAAACUUACUGUGAUAGAGACAGUUUAUAUAGCCCUUUAUAUGAGAAUUGGAUAAUGAUCUCUCCCUCAAUGUUGUAAAUAGGGAUUGAAUUAUCUAAAACUGCUGUAGAAAAUUCAUUUGUGGUGCAAUACACUUUUUGAUUAAAGCUCUUCAAUCCAGA